CGGUGCUGCGCCCGGUGGAGGGCUGCGGAGCUGAAAUGAGGCGCGCACACGGAGCGGCUCACACCGUGCGGCUCACCGUGCAGCGCCGUGCGGCUCCGGCUCGGGAAGAGGCUCCGCGCCACUGAAAGCUGACGGCUGCUCCGGCUGAAUGCGGAGGCUCGCGCUCUUUCUGCUGCCUUGUGCCGUGGCCGUCCUGGUGCACUUGUGGUUGGCUCACCGUCCCUCCUCCAGCCCGCUGGACUCCAACACUUACUCGGAUGAACCAUUACCUUUCUAUGAAGUUUUGGUGGGAGUGCUGUCAGCGAGACACCAUCACCAACUGCGACAAGCGAUAAGAGAGACCUGGCUGGGCUACCUCAGGGAUCACCCCCACUUUCAGCACAGAGUGGGGGUGAAGUUUAUCGUGGGUCAACAUGGCUGUCCCAUUCCAGAAGAGGACAGAGAGGAUCCGUACUCCUGCUCCCUCCUGAACUUCACCGCACCAGUGUCGAAGCAGGAUGCUGAGAUCGAGAUGGUGACGGUCUCUGACCCCUCGGUGCUCGCCCCCUCCGACGUGUCCGCCAUCGCCCUGGACUUCAAAGUCCUCCACCCGGUGGUGAUCACUCGGCUGGGGGUGUUUUCCGGCAGGACCCUCCCGGAGCUUCAGAGCAACGUGACGGUGAAGCUUCUCCAGCUGGACCAGGAGGAAGCCGUGGUGACCGCUCGCUUCAGCUCCAUCAGCAUGGGGACCCUGGUGAACUGGGUGUGGUACAAGCCGGUGGAGCAGUUCAUCCUGCCGAAGGGCUUUGAGGGGACGCUGGUUUGGGAGAGUCUGGAUUCUGCUGCUUUGACCACCGUCAACUCGUCCUCCGUGGAGCUCAACGACGGAGGAGGCGUCCUCAAGAUCUCCUCUAUCGCAGAGGGCAUAUUGCCUCAUAGAAGUGCUCUUGGAUUUCCUGGUUUGGCUGGAGGGUUCACAUUCACUAUCUACGAUGAGGAGGGUCUGUCGGGGCUGCUGCGCGGCCGCCCCGCCAGAAUGAAGCGCCACGCCGCCGGGCUGAGGCAGGAGGACGCGGCCCUGCAGGAGGAGAGCCUCAGGCACGGCGACAUGGUGUUUGUGGACGUGGUGGACACCUACAGGAACGUGCCUUCCAAACUGCUUCAGUUCUAUAAAUGGUCUGUGGGAAAUGCAGAUUUUAAUCUACUGCUGAAGACGGAUGAUGAUUGUUACAUCGAUGUGGACUCCGUUUUAAUGAAAAUUGACCAGAAGGGACUCAAGCGCAGCAAUUUCUGGUGGGGGAAUUUCAGGCAGAGCUGGGCAGUGGAUCGUAUCGGGAAGUGGCAGGAGCUGGAGUACGCCAGUCCGGCCUACCCGGCGUUCGCCUGCGGCUCGGGCUACGUGGUUUCCCGUGACCUGGUUCAGUGGCUCGCCAGUAACGCGGGGAAGCUGAAGGCGUACCAGGGCGAGGACGUGAGCAUGGGGAUAUGGAUGGCAGCUGUUGGACCGCAGAAGUAUCAGGACGCCGGCUGGCUGUGCGAGAAAGAGUGCUACCUGGACAUGCUGUCGUCUCCCCAGCACACGGCCCAGGAGCUGCAGGCCCUCUGGGACAGGAAGAGGAUGUGUGGAGACCCCUGCGGCUGUCCCUGGGAACCCUGACCGCGGUUAACACACACACACACACACACAAACACACACCACGUGGCACUGUGGGUAAAACUGCACUCAACACUGACCGCCAGUUGAGUUUCUGUGAUUUCCUUAAAACACCAAACUGAGCCAUUAUCUCUUCUUCUUCUUCUUAUUGCUACGAUAAUAAUAGAAAUGCUUCGACUUUUUGAGACGUGAGACUUUCUGAUGGAAAAUAAUCUCAAACUUUGCAGGUUCUUAACUUUCACAAAUUACUAUAUUAGGAUGAAACAAUUAACAUCUUCAGAAGACUGUAAGCACUCACGUUUAGCUGUAGCACCCUGUUGGUCUGUAUGUAUCAUACAACUGUUUAUUGA